GCUGUUCAGCUGCCAAUAGCGCUCAAAAUUUAGACACAGCAAACAUCUUUGACCACAACCGCGCUAUCAAUUUCUCAUCACCGUCCCUUGUCCAGCUGUCGCCUGCAAUGCUAAAGCCUUUGCUUACCUUGGCAUUGCUUAUUUGGUUGACGCCUUGGUUGCUGCAGUAUCAUCUUGUCACAGCUGAAGCUGCUCGAUCGAAUGGAAAAGCAGUUGCAAACAACCCGCGAGAAGCUUUAGACCAGGGACAAGCUUCUGCGCUUGAAACUACUGGAUCUGCUACUCCCCCGGGCUGCGAUGAAGGCUUCAGGUGCUAUACCGCAACAUACAGGUACUCUACAUUCAUUUCCAUACAGUCUGGCAAUGUACGAACCUGUACAAAGUUCGCAAUCAUCGCAGAGUGUGCAAAACAAUGCGAAGAAGAAAGGACUCUUUCUGCCAAAGUCUUCUGUGAGAUGGUUACGAAGAAGAUCAACGGUCAUAAGCAUACGUGCGUCCAGAGCAGGAGGUCAGACCAUGCGCAAGUAAAGGGCACACAUGAAGCAAUUACCUCUACUCUCGAUUCAGGGUCAUGCUUCGGAACCUGCCGUUGUCACCUGGACUUCAGCAUCAAACGCAUCAGGAUGCCUGCAGGCAAAGAUCAUGAAAACCAUAUUUUUGAGCUCGAUCCAAAUAUCGAAUGGUCUAGGACUCAAGGAACAAUCUUUCGCAUGGCCAGGUGUUCGACGGAGGACAUGCGUAAUCAGUAUGUGGCCCCAGUCUUGGUUUAUAGCCAGUACAAUUGGCAACUCGCCGAGACUCGCAUAAACGAUUGGAACUUUACGUGCAAGCCCCAAAAGACCAGAAAUAAGCGCAAGUGCAACGAAGGAUCCUCAUCGUCAAAAGUUGUCAAGAACAAAAAGCAAGCAUCAGUUGCUGCUGGCACAACUACAAGGACAGAUCCAAGAUACAGAUCGAUUGAUUCUGUCAGCGAGGGUCAGCAGAUUGCUGAAGCCUCAACAAAGGCUUCCGCUUGGCGGACGCGUACGGAAGCUGUGGUUCCAAAUGAACGGGGUAUGCCUAUAUAUAUCUCGGAAGCAGAACAUCAGGAUUUGUGCAAUCUCUACACAGCUCAGCCCAGCCAAAGGCCGGAUCAGUCCACUUCCAACGCUGACAAUCACCAGCUGCAGAACCAGUGCCCAGCUAGCCUCUACAAUAAACAGCCGGCGGGAUCUGGACAGUCUCAAUUGGCCCAACAGUGUAAUCUUGCAGAUCAUGAGGGACCAGCUGAAUCGCAAAAGACAUUUGAGGAGUGUGAGAAUUGGCUGGAAGACUGCGAUUACGACGCUUUCAUGGACGCACUUCUUGACAUCCCUUGACGGCCCAGCGGAUCGUUUCAACAAGACUCGUAAAUAUUACAAGACGUAUGCUUAAUUCAUUAGCAUUAUAUCUACACAUUUCAACUUCUGUUCUCUUCAAAAUUGGAUCUCAUUGAUCACCUUCGUUGGGAAGAUUGGUCGAGGCAAAAGCAAUGCUGGAUUGGCUGACAUAUUAUUCUAGGCCGAGUACUAUUGGAAGACAUCAUCAGAUUUUGUCAGUAUUGUGGAACGUGCCAUGCUGAUGUAUCAUUUUCAAGCGCGAGUUGAUCAUCGCUGCAGGCC